AUUUUUAACAAAUCAAUAACCCUCGAUAUUGAUUCGGAGAUUUCCGGUGAAACCUCUAGUGGGCCAAGAUCCAUAUUUCAUUAUCUUGCGUUCCGCUUGGGCGUUACUCCACAAGACAACUAUUUAGGUAGGAACAUAGUUCCAACUGAUGAGCCGGGCUCUCAGCUCUUGGUCUGGUGUUGGGCGAACAAUAUUACUACAACCGGACCAAGACACCUUUUCACCAUACUUGUAAUUGGCUGAGGCACGUCUUACAAGCAGACUACUUUGAAUCACGUACUAAAACUUAUAGUGAGUAAGAAAUUUAUACCUUUCUCCGUAAGCGGUAAAAACGAAGAAGUCGUAGGAAGAGCGUUGAAAGUGCAAACGUAACCGUUCAAGCGUCCGGUCUCCAACUUUGACACACGAACAACGCCGGAGUCUACCACAAUCUUUAUGCUAGUAAAGAUUAUAGUAGUAU